CAACAAAUUAAUUAAACCAAUUAAUUCUUAUGUCUGAUAUAUAAACAAUCCACAGGCGCUGGGUAAAGCACUGAAAUAAACAUAAGGCUGGCUAUGCAGGUAGGGACUAUGCCGUACCCGUGCUUCAUGACAUAACUGGAAAGGUGAUUCUAGGGGCGGAGCAAGAAGAACACGUAGGCUACAGGCAGCGUUGCGCUCCGGGUGCGCAGUGGACAUACUGAAUCCGUGUGCAUCUUUCCACAUCCAGCUGAGGGCUCUGAAGGGGUAUCACCAACUACAGACAACUAUGGAGUAAGCGGACAGUGCGUAUUUAGAUGUUGGGAAGUAUUGUCGAAGGGAGAUUGUGGAUAAAUCUAAAUAUUGUGGAUACUCCAAGAGACUUUACUUUGUCUCUGACGAAAUUUGCGCGACCUUCAGAGAUCCUUUCGUCAGUGUUUUUCGCGUUGCGCCGUACUACAAGCCACUGUCUUAUAUUGCAACAUAUAGCCUAUAUUGUGUCUGUUAUUUUUUCGUAUGCUAAGCUUCUAUAUUAUGUUGUCGUUUUGGUUUUAGACUAUGGAAAGUAACUUUAGGUAUAGCCACGGACGAGAUUAGUUUUUAGCUAUUAUCGACGUCCGUCGUCGAUAAAUUGUUUUUGUCUGUGUGCAUUCUUGACAUUUAUUUGCAGUCAUUGGGAAUAUAAAAUGCCCUCAUAGUCUGCGCUAUUUCGUGCUGCCGAACAAAUUUGAACUGACGAAAACAGACCAAGGGACACCUGUUGUCAACGCCGGGGGCGAGCAACUCAAGUGACUGACCAUGUCUCAGGCCGAUGUGGACAUGGCAGGACUUGGUUUCUCCAAAUUACCUACGAGUUUCGAUGCCGACACAUGCUUUCCAGCCAGAAUGCCACCAAGACGAAGAAGACAUUCUGCUAAUUCGAGGCGAAACGCUUACAGGUUGAACAAAAUUCACACAAUGGAUCUGGAAGCUCCAGAUUUUGUCGCCCCUCUUACAAAGACACUCUCCUGGUCUGCCGACAACAUCCUGUCAGAAAGUACGACAGAGGAGAAGAAGGCCGAAUCCUCGACAACGGAGUCACCCGCGUCUAGCACGAGCUCACCUCCGGCCACCCAAGCCUCUGACCUGCUGCCCUCACCGGGGGACUGGAAAGUCGCGGAGCCCAUCUCCAACGUGCUCGACGCCAGCUCGGACUCUGAGGAAGAAAUUGCUCAGAAAAGGGUGGUUUUGACAAGCGCUCAGUUGGAGAGCAAUCGGGAACAGGAGGAGAAGGAUGAAGUGGAGACCAAAGCCGUGGCCACUUCACCUGAUGGCAGGUUUCUCAAAUUCAACAUUGAAAUCGGGAGAGGGUCUUUCAAGACUGUGUACAAAGGACUGGACACCGAGACUACUGUUGAGGUGGCAUGGUGCGAGUUACAGACACGCAGGCUGACGAAGGCGGAGCGGCAGCGCUUCAGUGAGGAGGUGGAGAUGCUGAAAGGCCUCCAGCACCCCAACAUCGUCCGCUUCUACGACUCCUGGAAGUCCACUGUCAAAGGGCACAAGUGCAUCCUCCUGGUGACUGAGCUUAUGACCUCUGGAACUCUCAAAACGUAUCUGAAGCGCUUUAAGGAGAUGAAGUUGAAGCUCCUGCAGCGCUGGAGCCAUCAGAUCCUGAAGGGGCUGCACUUCCUGCACACGCGCACGCCCCCCAUCAUCCACCGCGACCUCAAGUGUGACAACAUCUUCAUCACCGGCCCCACCGGCUCCGUCAAGAUCGGAGACCUCGGUCUCGCUACGCUCAAGAGUGCUUCCUUCGCCAAGAGCGUCAUCGGAACCCCUGAGUUCAUGGCUCCAGAGAUGUAUGAGGAGAAGUACGACGAGGCUGUGGACGUCUACGCCUUUGGCAUGUGCAUCCUGGAGAUGACCACGUCGGAGUACCCCUACUCGGAGUGCCAGAAUGCCGCCCAGAUCUAUCGCAAGGUCACCAGUGGCAUUAAGCCUGACAGCUUUCUCAAAGUCAAGGUGCCGGAGCUGAAGGAGAUUAUCGAGGGCUGCAUCCGCAUGAACAAAGACGAAAGGUACACCAUCCAGGACCUGCUGGAGCACACCUUCUUCCAGGAGAACAACGGCGUCCAUGUGGAGCUGGCCGAGGAGGACCACGUGCAGAAGUCGGCCCUCAAGCUGUGGCUGCGUAUGGACGACACCAAGAAGCUCCAUGGCAAGUACAAGGACAACAACGCCAUCGAGUUCCUGUUCGAGCUCUACAAGGACGUUCCUGAGGAGGUGGCCCAGGAGAUGGUGGUUCUGGGUUUCGUCUGCGAGGUGGACUACAAGCUGGUCGCCAAGGCGAUCCGCGACCGUGUGACGGCCAUCAAGCGCCAGCGGGAAAAGCAACGCCGGCAGGCAGAGGAAGCACAGCGGCGUCGACAGGAGGGGGUCAUCGAAGAGGAGCCGGAACCUCUGCCUGAAACCGAGCCCCCCGCCUCCGCCCCUGCUCCUGCCCCAGUCAUCCAAUCCAUCUCCCCCGCCCCUAGGACCCCUCCCUCCACCUCCUCCUCUUCCUCCCAGCAGUCCUUGGAUGCCCCCUUGCCCUCCUCCUCCACCACCGUCACGGCCCCUACGUCCCCCCACAUGCCCCCCACGCUCACCAUCUCCGGCCCGCUGCCCUCACCCACCAUGUCUCCUGCCAGUGGCUCCAUCGACUCGGGCAUCAACGCCAGCUUUGCGACCGAGCCCGACGAGCAGGAGGUGGACCAGCAGCCCAGCUACAACAUGCGCCACUCCAGCUACUCAUCCGCUACAUCCGACUGCGAGACGGACGGCUACCUCAGCUCCUCCGGGCUCCAGGAACACUCCGAGGGCCCUCCCCAAGAGGCGGCCCCCGCUGCCCCCGCACCCGUCACCUCGGCAACCGCUACCGUGGAGAUGCCUCGCCCAGAGAGUCCGUCCCCUGCGGCUGGACCGGAGGCACCAGUACCAGCCCUUCGCUUCCCCUCGGUGGGUAGGCUGUGUGCAGGGGGCGAGAGCAUUGCUGUUUCAAAUACCGAGCGGCCAGGGUCAGGAUUUGGCAGUGGCUUCAACUCACCUGUCGACAGCUAUGCCUCUGAUGUUACAUCUGGCUUGAGUGAUGGCUAUGAAGGCCUAUCAGAGAAAAGUACAGAAGGUGUCCCCAAGCGCACAGGCAGCAAGCUCCUCAGGAGGCGGACCCGCUCUCGCCUGCGCAUCACUGGGCUGUCUGAUAAAGUGGAUCGGGUGGUGGAGUGCCAGCUGCAAACACACAACAGCAAGAUGGUGACCUUCAAGUUUGACCUGGAUGGAGACAACCCUGAGGACAUUGCUGCUGUGAUGGUCCACAGAGAGUUCAUUCUGCCGUCCGAGCAGGAGGGCUUCAUCCACCGUAUGUGUGACAUUAUUAAGAGAGCCGAAGCUCUGAUGAGGAGAGAGCCAAUCGGAUUCCUGCAGGGGGAGGGCUCUCGGCUGCCUUACCUGAGCGGAGCAGGAACUCUCUCUGGCUCACAGCCUAACCUCCAUACCCAAGGCCUGGCACGGACACACUCCUCCUCCUCUCUGCCAGACUAUGCGGCGGGCAGUGUGGGCCAGGCGGCUCAAGGCUCCUCCCUGGCCCUGGGCGGAGACUUCCUCCUGGAUCCUGACAGACUUCCCCUCACGCGACCCCUCCGCUCACAGUCCUUCCACACCACCUCAGGCUCCUCUCAGUCCUACUACCCCGGAGCCUCUACCCACUACCAUCCUCACUUCUCCCACCCCGACUCAGUGCCUCUGCUGGUGCCACCCAUGGCCCAGUACCCACAGCAGUCUCCCUACAUGCCAAAUGCCCACUACCAGCACCUCUACCUCCAAUCCCAGCAGCAGCAGCACAACCCAAGCAAGCUGCCCCUGGCCCCCUCCACCCUCGUUAGAGUGCCCAGCACCACCAGCCUGGCCGCAACCACUCCCUCCUCCUCAGCUGGGCCAACGGGAAAGCAGGUGGGGACGGAGGCCAUGAUGGCGGGCGACGGAGCCCACCUGUCCCCCCCGGUGGGGUCAUUGAGCGCGGUCAGCCAGCAGAGCGCCAUGUGGCCCUCGGACCAGCAGCCCCUCUUCUCCCUGGCCAACGUGCUCUCACUGGCCAUGAGUGUGGCACAGUCCUUCAUGCCGCCCACCUCCAUGCCCAGCGGGCUCAACCCGGGCUUCCACCCCCACAUGGGCACCGCGCAGGCCGGGUACCCGCCCAUCUACGCCCCCCAGCACCAGCUCCCUCCAGGGCCGGGCAAGGCUGACGCUGCUGCCUACGCCCAGGUGCCCAUGCUGGGGCAGUACCUGGACAUGCACCAGUACCAGGACGGCAACCUCCCUCAGAUGGCCUAUCAGAUGCCCAUGCAUGAGGUCCUGGAGGGGGGCUACAACGCUAGCCGGCCCAGGGGGGGCUCCAUGGGAGGGUUAAAGGUGAACACUCCCCCCGGGGGUCCCCCGCUAACCGGCUCCAUGGACGACCUGCGGGCCACAGUGAUGAGGUCCAGACAGGCUGGGUUCACAGACUCCUCUCCUCCUGCUGCCUGUGCACCUACCCCUGCUACUGCCCCUGCUGUUGCCCCUGCUACUGCCCCUACCCCUGCGACUGCCCCUGCUGUUGCCCCUGCUACUGCCCCUACCCCUGCGACUGCCCCUACUGUUGCCCCUGCUACUGCCCCUACCCCUGCGACUGCCCCUACCCCUGCUACUGCCCCUGCUGCUGUUCUGGCCUCUGCUCCUGGAGCUCCAGUGGGAGCCAAGCCAGGGCCCCAGGCAGAGACUCUUGCGUCCAUCCCCAGAGAAGUGAGCCGAGAGCGGGCAGGUAGCUCGGCGUCCACAUCCCCCUCGCCUGUCACCGCUUCCUCCUCACCGGCUUCAUCAGGGCCCUCCAGCCCACAGAACACGGUGACUGCCCACAGUCAGGCUAUCCCCAUUCCUCUUGCUGUGUCUGAAUCCAGCAGCAACGUUGCAAAAGGCCGACUCACGCCCAUCUCUGAGGAGGGGGAAGUUUCCCAGGAGCAUUUGGUCACUUCAAACUUUGAUGAAAAAAAUCCUGUGAGAGUAGGUCGUUUCCAAGUGACCCCAAGUGUGGACAUCCCACCUGCCCCUCAAAUCCCAGUCCGUCCUCCAACCCCUCCCCCAGUCACGCCUACACCUGCCAGCAGCGAAACAGACAGCAGCACCGAAGACCAGGGCGAAUCGGAAACCAGCUUCAGCACGAUCACCGUCUCCCCCCCGAACAAAUUCGGAGUCUACCCCCCCCACCAUGAACGUGAGAAGGAGGAGAGGAACGAGGAGGAGUUGGAACAGGACACGGAGGACGAGGAGCAAGAGCCGGGACAAAACCAGCCGGAGGAAGAGGAAGAGAGGGAGGAGGGAGAGAGGGAACAAGGGGAAGGAGAGGAAGACGAGGGGAGGCGGGGCGCCCGGCGCAUCAGCCUGAGCCUGUGGGAGGGCACAACGGGCAGCCCGCAGAUGACCAGCGCCCCGCACCAGCCCUGGAUGAGCUACACGCGCAGCGCCUCCUAUGUCAGCAGCGACGAGACAGAAAGCGACGACGACGGCAUGUGGGAGGAGCUACACCACCUGCAGCUUCGGCAUCUGUCUGAGGUGCAGACGCUGCAGGCGACACAGAAGCGAGAGAUUGAGGAUCUCUAUGAGCGGAUGGGUAAAGUGCCUCCCCCCGGCAUCGUCUCGCCGGCCGCCAUGCUCAACAGCCGACAACGCCGCCUGUCCAAGAGUGGCGGCUACUCCUCCUCCCGCAGAAACAGCCUGCAGAGGCUGGACAUAAUGCCCGCUGCUGGCAUCAUGCGGAAAAACUCAGUCAGCGGCAGCAGCAGUGGCUCACAGGAGAGGAUCACCAAGGCCGUGUCCUUCGCCCCGGACUUCAACCGCAUGGUGAGCCCCAUACCUCUGACUCACAACGUGCCAAACCAACUUUCUCAGCAGUGUGAGUGAGAUUCCAGCCGACACGAUACACUGCCAGCCCUCCACACCAACAGGAGGAAGUGAUGUCGCAGGAGGGCUUCCUGCUCCCUUUCAAGAGGAAGACACAGGAAGGCAGGACAAAGCAGGACAAACACGCACUAGUGUAGUAAAAAUAGCCUCCCAGAGACUUUUGACAAGAAGCCAUUGUCGGUUGGUGCACAAUCAUACAGACACGCCGCUGAAUCUCCCAGCUGUGCAGUAGCCUACAGUUCAAUCUGAUUGUAUCUGAGUGUGUACUUUCUUUUUCAUGUGUAUGUAGUGCAAUCAAUGGAUUCCCCCCAACCCUUUCUUUUCAUGUGAUCUCAGAAACUCUUAAUUUCUUUUUGCACUUUCCUGUGUUACUUUCAUCAUCUGCCUGUCUGUUGAAUGUUGCCACAGGGCCUCCUAGUGGUGGGGACAUGUAAAUGUACCGUUUCACUUGCUGCCUAUUUUCAUUGCUGUAUGGAGGGGGACAUAAGCCGAAGUCUCCUGGUUCUACAAGCUUUUAGCAUUUGCUCACUGCAGUAAUGAUAAGUGUUUGAGCUUUGUAAACUACAAAUUGUGGUAAUUAUGUCAUUUUCUUUGAUUCUUAGUCAUGACUUUUGUUUUCUAAGCCUGCACAAUCAUGUCAUAAAUGUCAGAAUGGCAUUGGAAUGGAGUAUACAGAUUGACUCUCACUGGACAAACAUCUAAUUAUAAUAAAUGAACCAAUUGAUAAUAUUUCAUGAAAUAGAAAUACAAAGAAAAAAGAACUGCCAAAAGCAAUGACAAAGAAGAAAUAGUGUUACAACUUAUUUGGACAAAUGUCUUUAUGGUGUUUGCUUUUUUUGUUUGGUUUUGCACAUGACAUAGCAUACAAGCAUUUUUUUUGCAUACUGUUCAGAUAUCAUCGUUUCCCAGUUUCCCGACACUUUCACUCUCUCAGCCAACUCCAUCAUUCUGCACAGGUCACCUUAAACCCAGUGCAGGGUUCAGCCAAAAACGUUGGAAUCGUCGUGAAUUCUAAAUAUCUUUGGCUCAGAAAACCCUGGUCAUCAGAUCCCCCCACUAGACUAGACGGUCGAUAGGCCUUGACAGAUUUAUAUCCACACACUACAGCCCACAGAAAACCCAGCAGCCUAGAGAUAUGCUAAAUCUGGCCCGGAUCUGGGACAAGUCUGGCCUGGACCUGGUAGGGUUCUGCAAAUCAGUACCAAAGACCAAUAGAGCGGCUGAACAGCUAGCCAAUACCAGUAACCCCACACUGCCAUUUUGUGGGUGCAGCUAAUACAAUUGUGGUGCCAGUGUCAGCAUCUAAUACUAACCACACUGCAGGGCCUCAGGACAGCAUUACACUCUCUCUCCAUAAAGCAUCCACAUUCUGAUGGUGACAAUCUGAUGUUACAAACAUGUCACACAUAAUUUAAUGUCCUAAAAUGAAUCGUUCGAUAUUUUGCUUACUCCACUGUCUUAAAAAACACUCACCCUCAGCAGGGCAACCAUGUUUGACACAGAUCGCUGCGAUACUCGGGAACGGAUUACGCCCACAUCUGGCUGAGUCCCGGUCAGGAUCCGUCCAAGAUGCGGCCCAGACCCAGAGUAGCCAGCAGGCUCUUUACACUGCUCUGUCUUCUUUUAUAUUUGAGCUGAAACAAUGCACUUUUCUCCAGAGGGAUCUCCCAUUAUGAGCUGAUGCCAUGCAGUCUCUGUAAAUAGCAAUGGGUCGGGUUACUAAAGAUGCACAUAGAACCCUCCUGUCCUUUUCAAAUAAUUUUUUGUGUGCUUCUUCAGCCUAUGCAGUCGUGUCUAAGAAAAGAUGUUUCCUCUAAGAAACACAAAAGAAGGUGAAUUGAAGCUGUGAAGAUUGUUGCCACGGAGUCAGUAUAUGAAAAUGUUUCCGUGAGAAGUGACACCGAUUGUAUUCUUCUAAGACAAAAAAACAAGAUUUAUAUAUUUAGAUAUGAAAGAGAUAUGACAUGUUGUAUUAUAUGUUAGGAAAUGAUGUUGUGUCGGUUUUGUGCCUUUUCAGGUUUUUUUACCCCAACAGCUUGAUUGUUGUUUCAGAAAUCAUGUUUGUAAAUAAUGAUAAUACAUGACAUUUUUAAAUGUG